AUGAUCAUGUCGCAGUACUCGGAGAACAGCGAAAAGUUCGACACCAAUCUUGACUUGGACACAACGAUCACUGCGGUUGGUGAAGGUGACUUAUCAAUCGCUACAGCGUUCAGCCUCCGAUUCCAUAGUUCGGGCACGUCAAGCAACGCAGGUGGCGUUGGAGCGGCUCAGUUCUCGGGUCCCUCAGCAUUCGCCUUUGUCGGAGCUGAUGAUAUCCUUUAUGACUGGCAUCCGGUCAUCCAUCUUUCCGCUGCAUUCGAUGCGGGGACGACAGGGUCUGUAUUAGCGCUCAGAAUCUCGAUGGACAUGUUACCUCUAGCGCAGGAGCUGAGGACCAACAUGGGCGGUUUCCCUAACUCCCAUUUCUACGUUACUAAUGAGCUCGGCCAGGUUCUGGCUUCUACUGAGGACCCGGAGGUCUUCAUGUCGCCGACAACCGUUAAUGGAUCGACUCAAUUGACUUUUCGAAGAAUAUGGGAUGUCGCACCAGCGGUCAAGCGAGAUCACUUCAUAGACCUCCUCCGCGUUCAGGAGAGGGUGACUGCGUGGUCUGGUGAGACGAGCAACUCUGACUAUAUUAUCGGACAGCCUUCAGAUGGUGUCAGAGUCGAUCUUGAGAUUUCCAAGUCAUCUGGCGCUCCAUUGAUCCUGAUAGCGACGACUUCCUCUAAGGACUUCCGAGAUGCAGCUUUGACCUCUUUAGUGACCACACAGGUCGCUAUCAUCUCCCCAACGCAUGUCACUGCCGCGAUGCAUUCUUCGCGUCGCUACCAGUUGAUGAAGCACGCUGAUGAAAACCUGGAGGCCUCAAGAAGAGCGUCUCGAGAGUGGUAUGUCGCUGGAGGAGUCGGCGGGGCAGGACAACUAUCUGCAUUCUUCAACACGGCCAAUAUGUGCGUCGGUAUCGGCAUCCUCGCGCUCCCAAAAGCCUUGGAGUUCUCUGGCUGGGCUCUAGGAAUUACAAGUCUGCUUCUCAUCGCUGUUCUCACAUUCUAUUCGGUAAGGAUGAUCGUCGCUGUGUCGGCCCACUUGGCCUUACAAGACAUUGACGACUACGAUGCAUCCCAGCAUGGUGGAAGAGUCGUGACACCUGGGUACGCCGAGGUAGUACGACGAUGCCUCGGUCCUCUGGCCGAGAUGAUCCUGACCGCUCUAAUUUUCGGUGAAGUCAUCACUCAUUGUUUGCAUCGCCGUGCUUUCUCCGCUAUGUUGCCUAAGAUCGGUCAAGUUGUUGUCCCCCGUAUCAUUGAUUGGCAUCGUAAGUAG